UUGUGCUUUAGCAGGCUGCUGGUAUACACACAAAACACAUCAAUCCAUCAAUACAAUAUAGUAAAUGAAACCCCAACAUCACAACAGAAUACAUUGGACCAAACUGAAACAACAAGCUAAGAAUAUAUGACAAACACCUUACUGCGAGACCCAUGGCGCAAUUGGAAUGGGAAAACCAGCAAAAUAAAGACCGUCGUCCUUGAUCUCCCAGUGGCCACAUCACACCAGAAAAGCGUCGUGCCGAAAAUGUUGCGCGAAAAACUCCAACUAUACACAUCGCCGCUGACUAAGCGACGGGAGCCCAAGUCGUCAUCUUUAGACUCGCAUCGCACCGUGAUCUUCCGACCUCUACUCAAUUGAUUUGAAACGUUAAUCUGAAGCCUGUACGACAUUGCCGGACUCGCCAUUGUGAUCGUUGCCAGAAGAACCACCGUCAGUAUUUUGGUCAACAUUUUUUUUUUUUUUGGUUGCUAUA